UUUACGUAUUCGCUCUUUUCGACGGAGCCAGACCCUUGAGCAAAAAUUCCUUUAUAACCGAUGGAGAUCCACUCGCUAGCCUUCAAUUGACUUUCUCUCUCUGUCCAGUCCAUCCCCUCAUUCUCUAGUGUUCGGUGCAUUAUUGGCCUUCACAGACAGUCACUCUUUUCGUACUCUCUCUGCGAACUGAUCAGCCAUGCGGUCCUUCUCUCCUAUUUCUGCUGCAGUGCUUUUGGUGCAGCCAUUCCUUGCUGCGGCUGAGACCAGAGUGGUAACGGGGACUACCCAGUCAUGCACAUGGACUGACAACGCCUUGUCAAAUCCUUCAUUCGACUCCGGAGUUCUUACUCCCUGGGCUGUCUACAAUGGAUACGGUACUGCUUCGAUUGUCGCCGAUGCCUCCGGCGACGGAGGCUACGUCGCAGCAAUGGUUCCCAGUUCAUCCUCAUACGCCGUACUAUAUCAGACCUUGACCGACCUGGUCGCGGGCGAUACCUACUCGUUGUCUUUCGACUACAAGAUCCAGUCCGCGACAAGGGCAGGAACUUGCAAUUUCUACUUCGCCAUCGACGGCAUCACCGCAGCAAGCCGAAUCACGACGACGGUCAAUGGAUAUAUUCAAUACAGUACUACUGAGACCGAUUGGCAGACUCUAUCGACUACCUACGUACCCUCGAGCAGCAGCCUAGACAUGUACAUCCAGGUGAUCUGCAGCUCCGGAGUUCGCGGCAUUGCGGCUCAGCCGACCAUCUACGUCGACAACACGCAAUUCUCCAAUCCCAACAAAGAAAUCGAGAUCUGCACGGAUGUACCCUAUGCCUCCACCAUCACGCUUCUUCCCACUCCAACCGUGACUCCCACGUCGACGCCUGUCGUGACUCCUUCGCAGGCCGUGACUUCCAGCGCUAGUGUGAUUACGGCAGCAUCCUCCAGCGUCAUCGCAAGCGCGAUCUCCUCGCCCCAGCCGUCCGCUUCUUUGCAGGCAUCAUCCUCCAUAGUGGUGCCAUCAUCUAUCGUGUCGAUUCCCGCCGCAUCUACCCCCAUCAUUCCAUCGAGCCAAACCGUCUCUACAUCCCAGACGCCUCAAUUGUCCGCCCCGUCCAAUCCCCCAACGACUUCCCCCGCCGCACCUUCGUCCACAUUGAUCCACUCGAGUUCUGCUGCCGCGCCAUUCUCGUCUACUAUAUUGUCAGUGCCGGGGUCAAGUUCAAUCACUCGUUCUGUGACUCCCAGCCCCAGUGCCAUCGCAUCGCCUUCUAGUGUAUUUGAGGACGUCGUGACGAUCACAACUACCGUCUAUACCACGGAGCUGAUUGUCGAGACCAACUGUCCUGUCCUGGAGUACUGAGCCGGCAGUCCUUUGUCCAUACAUUCUGUUCAAAUGAGAUCUAAGAAUAUUUACUACCAGUCAUUGUUCCGAGAGCUUCUCAGUCUGAGUUCCUACGAUAUAUUGCCAUAGCCCGGACGAAAUCACUGUAUAAGAUCUCCGAGAUCCCAAGGUAG